UAUUAGCUGGCAGAAAUAAGACAGAUCAAAUGUAGGCCUUUUCUCAUGGUCCAAAACCUCCAGAUGGCGUGAAAUCCAAACGUGCUUUUAGAAAGUAUUCCCACAAAUACAAAGAUAAGGGUUUUCACAGGUACGUGCAAUUUCACUUCUAAUCAUUAGUCAACUUACCGACGGCGGGGCUUGCCAAAACUAACACAUGAUCCUUGUGCAAAUGCUGCAACACACCCUGGAAAGGUGACAACACACCGACUUACCUGCUGGCUGCUGACGUUUUCACAAAACACGUUGUCAAAACACCGGCUGGAUUCAUCGGGAGGAAUAAUGAACCCAUUUAUUUUAUUUAUUUAGCAGCACGGAAUGAUACAGGACUGUUUAAGGUCGCAAUGGAAAGUCUGCCCAUCAGUUGGACAGUGCACAGCUGUGAGCAGGAGGGAGAUGGAGCAGAGCUGCUGAAGGAGGAAGACACCAACAUGCAUGUCCAUGAUCUGUUCCAUGAAGAUGCACAGGGCUUUCAGGAGUCCAGUCAGCCGUGGUGGAGGAUCAAACUGUUUGUGUGGGAGCCAGUGCUCUUUGGCACCUGGGAUGGAGUCUUCACCACCUGCAUGAUCAACAUCUUUGGCGUGGUUCUGUUCCUGCGUACCGGCUACCUGGUGGGACUCCAGAUAAAUCUCAGGGGCUGUGAGAUGAUAAAUAGGACAGGAGCAAAGACCCCUCUUUCUAAUCUUCUGGGGAACACAGGAGUGCUGCUCGGGAUGUUCCUCGUCUCCAUGGUUGUGUUGGUAGCUUUAGUGACGGUGAUGUCGGGGAUCGGAGUGAGUGAGCACUGUGGUGCUGGCAGCGGAGGAAUCUACUCCAUGAUCUCCACUGUCCUGGGGAGCCGGGUGGGGGGCACCGUGGGCCUCCUCUAUGUGUUUGGACAGUGUGUUGCUGGAGCCAUGUACAUCACAGGCUUCUCGGAGUCGGUGGCAGAGCUGCUGGGUUUACAAAGCCAGUGGGCGGUGCGCGGCAUGUCGGCAGCAGUGCUGUUAGCCCUGCUUGGAAUCAACCUGGCUGGUGUCAAGUGGAUUGUCAGACUCCAGCUGCUGCUGCUGGCUGUGCUGGCUGUCUCCACUCUGGACUUUGUAAUUGGCACCUUCACGCACCUUGACCCAGAGCAUGGUUUCAUUGGUUAUUCACCCGAGCUGCUCAGCAGUAACACAAAGCCAGAUUAUAGCACCGGAGAAAACUUCUUCACAGUAUUUGGGGUUUUCUUCCCAGCUGCUACAGGGGUCAUGGCAGGCUUCAACAUGAGCUCAGACCUUCAGCGGCCCGAACACAGCAUCCCUGUGGGAACACUCGCAGCUGUCUUCACCUCGUGGUUCCUGUAUCUGGUCUUUGUCUUCCUCCUGGGGGCCAUCUGCACCAGAGAAGCUCUGCGCUAUGACUUCUUGAUCGCAGAAAAGGUCUCCUUGGUUGGUUUCCUCUUUCUGCUGGGCCUCUACAUCUCCUCUCUGGCUUCCUGCAUGGGCGGCCUGUACGGAGCACCCAGGAUCCUCCAGUGCAUCGCCCAAGAAAGGGUCAUCCCCUCUCUGGCCUUCCUGGGACAAGGGAAAGGCCCAAACAGGACCCCGGUAGCGGCUAUUUGUCUCACCAGCCUGCUGACCAUGGCCUUCAUUUUCAUCGGCCAGGUCAACGUUCUGGCACCCAUCGUCACCAUUAACUUCAUGCUAACAUACAGCUUCAUCGACUACUCCUACUUCAGUGUGGCCAUGACCUUCCAGCUCCAGACCAAAGACAAGCAAGGCGCCUUGAUCCUGGCCAAAGGAAACCAGCGCAGGUCCACCAGGCAGAGCUCCAGACCACUGAUCGAGGCCACUCUCCCCAACUAUGGCAGUGGAGGAGAGAGUCGUCAGAGUAAAGGCACUCUGUUGGAGUUCACCAGGGACAUGGACCACAUCUUUCCUCCUGUCUCAGAUGUUGAUUGUGGAGCUGAGAAGGCCUCGCCCACGCAAGAGCUGAGCAGCAAACCUAAGGGCAGAAAGGCUGCUGCAAAGCAGAAGCUGAUGGACAGCUUUGGUUUGGACCUGAACAGCAACAUAUUCUCAGAAGAGAAAGGAGAGGAGGCAAAUUCAGCUCCACCAGAGGAGGAAGCCGAGGGGCAGAGUGAAUGCUGGAAGCUCAGAGCCGCAGAGCAGCCUCAGGUCAAGUGUCGUACUAAAAUAUGUCCUGUUGAGCAGGAUUCAGCUGCUGAGACUCAGAAUCCCAACGCAGGUGUUGGAGGUAAAGCAGAACACCAGAGUAUUGAAAUCAAGCCCAUGCACAAUUCCCUUUAUGCAAAGUUCUGUAACCGCUGGAUUGCUCUUAUCGGGGCAUUGAGUUCCGUAUUGAUUAUGUUUGUCAUUCAGUGGGUUUACGCCUUAGCCAACAUAUUAGUUGCCAUGCUGCUCUUCUUCUACAUCGGGAAAACAAGUCCUGGACUUCCAAUAGGUAUUGCAGCUCAAUUCAGCUUUUUCAAGUGGCUGAAAUCAACGCUGAGUAGCAUUUUCAGGCGAAAAGGAUCUCCCCAGGAUGAGAUGGUAGUGACACCUUCUCUGUCUGGGGUCGGGCUGAAAACCAAGCAGCUGACAGAGGAAAAUGCUGACUUUGCCUCUCGCCACCGCUAUCACCAGUCGUCGUUGAUCCGGGCCGAGGAGAUGGUGCAACCACGGUUUCACUGACAGCCUCAGAAUCUGCCUCAGUUGCAUGUCGUAGCUGACAGAAUGAAACCUCAUUUUCUGCCUCAAACUGUGUCUCAGGUUGUUCAAUGGGCAGUAUUCUGAGCCCAUUUUCUAUUUAACAAAGACUUUCAGCGGCUCAGAUCAUUUUCCUGUGGCGGUUCAAGGAAACCUGAGCUUUUCUUAGAGUUGCAUAAAGGCGGUGUGUUUGUGUGAGAGAAUGAGAGACAUAGUUGGAGUCUGGAGGUAGCUAGAGUUUGUAAGAUUAUUUUGCAUAAUUUAAACUGAAAUAUAAGCAGAAGUUCUUUAUAUUGUCUGAAUAUACUUAAAGACUUUAAUUUUGACAUGUAUUACAAUCUGCGAAACUCUUUUUUUCAUUUUUUGUGCUCAUGUGGCAGUAUUACCCUGUAAUGUAACACAGAGGUUUAGUUAAAAUGCCCCUAUUUACUGCUCUAUAAAUACAGUUCAUUGAUAAAUG